UGCUCCCAAGGCAAAAGUUUCAGUUUGUUCGCGAGGCGCGCGCGCGCGCGGAGGGUAAGCGACGAUGGUGGCGAAGAAGCCGAGGGUUGUGGUGGUGGGCGCGGGGAUAUCGGGCCUCGCGGCGGCCGUGCGGCUGUGCGGCGCGGGCGGGGACAGGUUCGAGGUGGCGGUGGUGGAGGCCGGUGACCGAGUCGGCGGCCGGAUACUCACGUCCGAGUUCGCCGGCCAGCGGGUCGAGAUGGGCGCCACGUGGGUGCAGGGCAUCGUGGGGAGCCCCGUCUACGCGCUGGCGCGCGACGCUGGCGCACUGGCGGCGGCGGCGGCGGAGGAGGGUGGUCUCCCGUACGAGCGCAUGGACGGCUUCCCCGACCGUGUGCUUACCGUUGCGGAGGGUGGGGAUGUCGUCGACGCGGAUAGGGUGGCCGCGCCGAUCGAGGAUCUGUACAGGGGUAUGAUGGAGGCCGCGCGCGCCGGCGAGGCUGGCGGUGGAGGUGGCGUGGAGGAGUACCUCCGUCGUGGUCUACGGGCGUACCAGGCGGCGCGGUCUGCCGGCGGCGGUAAGGGGGUGGAGGAGGUCGAGGAGGCGCUUCUCGCGAUGCACAUCAACCGAGAGCGAACCGAUACCUCCGCCGACGACCUCGGCGACCUCGACCUCACCGCCGAGGGCGAGUACCGCGACUUCCCCGGCGAACACGUCACGAUACCCGGCGGAUACUCUCGCGUGGUCGAGCACCUCGUUGCCGCGCUCCCGCCCGGCACCGUCCGCUUCGGCCUCCGUCUCCGCCGUCUCGAGUGGGGCGGAGCCCCGGUUCGCCUCCACUUCGCCGACGGCGCGCCGCCGCUCACCGCCGACCACGUUAUCCUCACGGUCUCGCUGGGCGUCCUCAAGGCCAGCCUCGGCAAGGACGCCUCGGGCGCGGGCGCCGCCGCCGUCGCCUUCGACCCGCCGCUUCCGCCUUUCAAGCGCGAGGCCGUCACGCGCCUCGGCUUCGGCGUCGUGAACAAGCUGUUCAUGGAGGUGGAGGCCGUGGCACCCUCAGAACCGGAGGACGCCGGUGGCGGCGGCGGAGUCUUGCAGCCGGCCGUACCGCCGCCAGACUUCCCGUUCCUCCACAUGGCGUUCCGUGGACAGGUGCCCAAGAUCCCGUGGUGGAUGCGCGGCACCGAGUCGAUCUGCCCCGUCCACGCGGGCUCCAGCGUGGCGCUGGCGUGGUUCGCCGGGCGGGAGGCGGCGCACCUCGAGUCCCUCCCCGACGACGACGUCAUCCGCGGGGUCCACGCCACGCUGCACUCCUUCCUCCCGGCGACGCCACGCUGGAGGGUGAGCAGGAUCAGGCGGAGCGGGUGGGCCACCGACCCGCUCUUCCUGGGGUCCUACAGCUACGUGGCCGUCGGAUCGAGCGGCGAGGACCUCGAUCUCAUGGCCGAGCCGCUGCCACGUGGACCGGACGCGGCCGACGAGCCGCCGCUGCGGGUGCUGUUCGCCGGCGAGGCGACGCACCGCACGCACUACUCGACGACGCAUGCUGCGUACCUGAGCGGCGUGCGUGAGGCCGACCGGCUGCUGCAACACUACCGUGGUUAAUCGAGAGAACCGCACUACGUAGCGAAUUUUUCCGUUAAAACAUUUUGCUUGGCUGUGCGAUUGCGUUGUUGGACUCUUUCUCCUUCUGAACCGAUUGCCUUGCUCGUCCAUCUCAACAAGCUUUAGCGAUCUAUGUUGCUUCUUGUAUGGAGAUAAAAUUGAGUCACUGGAUAGGAUAAUAUCGUCAUCAAGAUUGUAAACAGCGACGUGUUCUUCCAGUACACGCGUAAAACGUGUUUUUUCUUCGCUUUCUCAGACAUCUGGACGAAUUGCCAUCCGUGUCCGUGUUGUCGUAUUGGUCUGGCGAGACUUGUCAGUUCAAGAAAACAGCGGCUGCGUUUAAUUUCCGCCAUGAUACGGCGUCAUUUGACGGCAGAAGAUACGAUAGCAACGCCUCAGUCCUCACUGUCAUCUCCCUUGUCUGUUUCUGACACGUGUCAAAUCGGUGAGGUGUAAGACCACGACAUAACAUCGAUCAUCUUCCCUACAUCGAUAACGUAUCCUCCGUCCUUCCCCUAAUAUCUGUCUAUCUUACUUGAUUGAAC